AUGAUGAAGAAACGAGGCUUGACGUUGAACGCCCAUCAAACUCUCGUGGUCCGGUUGCGGUAUAUCGCCGAGUACGUUAUUCGCAGUCUGAACGAGUUCGGUUGGGCGGUAGUAGACAAUUUCUUGGGUGAUGAACAUUGCCGUUUUACCUACAAGGCUGAUGAAAGCGUGGCCAAGGCUAAAGAUGUAAUUCGAAGGACGUUUAUUCAAAUUACGAGCGAUAGCGUUUGGCCCAAUCGCUACUACGCGUUGGUACCACCACAAGCAAUUGCCGCCGGACAA